CACUUUACAGCUAAGAAGCAGACCCCGUGAUCACUAUUUACGGAAGUGUAUCCUCGCUUCGAAUUGAAGUCUGCUCACAGUCAUUUUUGUUGUGCUGUCAUGCAGAUAUUUCUUAAUUCUUCAGAGCUAAAUCGCUACCUUGAAAAACCUUUGCUCGGAAUUCAUUUAUCAAACGAGCUUCCGGUAACCCGGUUUGUAACACAUCCUAACUGCCAUUAGUAGCUAGCCUAAAUCGCACCAUGGGAGCGGAACAGAGCGGAGAUGCGGAGCACAAACAUUCCGAUUACAGCUCAUCAGUGGUGCCAUCUCCAGCAAAACAGAAGGCAAAGAUGGAUGAUAUUGUGGUUGUGGCUCAGGGGACUCAGUCAAUGCGAAAUAUCCACAACGACCCAGAUGUCAUCAAGCUUCAGGAGAUACCUACAUUUCAGCCGCUUCUGAAAGGAGUGCUGAGCGGCCAGACGUCACCCAGCAGCGUGUGCCUUGAAAGGCUGGACACCGCUCAGGUUCUGCAGCUCUGCAUCCGGUACCAGGACCACCUACACCAGUGUGCUGAGGCUGUGGCUUUCGACCAGAAUGCUCUUGUAAAGAGGAUCAAAGAGAUGGACAUAUCGGUGGAAACCUUGUUCAGUAUAAUGCAGGAACGCCAGAAACGGUAUGCCAAGUACGCCGAGCAGAUCCAGAAGGUUAACGAGAUGUCCAUGAUCCUGAGACGCAUCCAGAUGGGAAUCGACCAGACGGUGCCGCUGAUGGAGCGCCUCAACAACAUGCUGCCUGAGAGUGAACGCUUGGAGCCCUUCAGCAUGAGGCCUGAUGGGGAAUCCGCCACCAAGUAGACUCUUGAAAAUAAACACAGCUGCUUCCUACCUGAGUCUCCGUGCAGCUCUCCAUCCAGGAGGAACAGCAGCUCUGUCCAGCUGGAGAGAAUCUAAGACUUGUAACAUUUAAAGAAGGCCUGCAGCUUGGCUGUGUGUGAUUGGAGCUGCUUGGGUUCGUUCUCCAAGUCACAAACAAUUAUGUGUAUUCUUUUAUUUAUUGCAGCCGGGUUUGCUGAACACACAUGCCAGUAAUCAAUAGAUCAGCAAAUACAUUUUCACACCUGCAAGCUGUCCUGAUCAAUAACCUUCUGGGUGCAUUCAUAGGUACAUGUGACCCAAGGGAAUCAAGCUGGGAGUUGUUGAGAUGUUUUGCAUGUUUUAAAGAUUCUGAUAUGAAUGUGAGCAACAUAAAAACAUCUAAAACUGCUGAUCUGGAGAUUUGUGGACAGCCUCCUAACACUUGCAAGCUGCUGCAUAAUUUGUGAUGCGUUAGUUUUGGAUCGUUACAAAUGUGUGUUUGUAAUCAUGAUGUUUGAGUUACUUUGUCAUUGUAUCCCAUCCCGGAAGUGCUUGUGUGCAUUCUUUGCGAUGUUAAAAUUUCAUUUUGGGAUAUAAAGAGCAAAAAGAA